AUGUUCUCGCUAUGGUUCAGCAUUAAUUUGCAAGCUAUGAAUAUUAUUGUUGGGCUUCUCGGACCAUUGGUUUACGGACUCGGUUGGGUGGAUUGCAUCUGCAUUGUUAUUUUUGCCAAUGCGCUCGCCUCGGCUUCCAUUGCGUAUAUGGCGACUUACGGGCCGGAAAGUGGUAACAGGACUCAGAUUAUUGGACGAUAUUUCAUGGGUUAUUGGCCAUCGAAAAUUGCAUGCUGUUGUAAUGUGGUUCAACAAGUUGGUUUUGGUACCAUUGGAUGUAUCAUUACUGGCCAGAUGAUCACAGCAGUUAAUGGAGGAAAAUUGAGUUUGGCUGUUGGAUGCGUCAUUGCCGCACUUUGCAUUGGCUUAAUCGCUACCUUCGGUAUCGAAUAUGUGAACAAACUCGAGAGAUUCGGAUAUAUCCCACAAGCGAUUGUCAUAUUCGUACUCAUUGGAUCCGCUGGUAAGAACUUCGAUACCAGCGCGGUCUCGGUCGGUGAUUCCGGAACCAUCAACGCCAACCGCGCUUCGUUUUUUGCCUUGAUCUUUGCUAGUAUCAUUGGAUUCACUGCCAUCAGUGCCGACUUUUAUGUCUACUACCCCAAGGAUUACCCUAAAUGGAUAACAUUUGCAUCCACGUGGUCUGGCGUCUGGGUCUCUGUGAUUUUCGCCAAUAUCGUUGGUGUUGGUAUUGCUACUGGUGUUCCAAACAUCCCAGCAUGGAAUGAUGCCUACAAUGUCUCAUCUGGUGCUCUUAUCUACGAAUGUUUUAACGGUCUCGGGGGUUUCGGUGGUUUCUGCGUCGUCAUUCUUGCCCUUGGUUCCAUCACCAACAAUGCACCAUGUAGCUAUAGUGCGGCAUUGACCAUACAGGUUCUUGGACGCUGGGCGAACAAAGUCCCUCGUUGGUUCUGGUGUGUUCUCAUCACAGCAGUUGAGCUCGUUCUCUCUGUUUGCGGACGCAACAAGCUCUAUACCGUGUUCGAAAAUUUCCUCCCAAUGAUGGCAUAUUGGAUUUGCCCUUGGAUUACCAUCAGUCUGGAAGAAUAUUUCAUCUUCCACAAGCUAGCGGGCAAAUCGUUCGACUGGUCUAUUUAUGACGACCGAAGCAAGCUACCUAUUGGACUCGCGGCUCUACUAUCAUUCCUUAUUGGAUUUGCUGGGGCAAUAGUGGGCAUGUAUCAAAUUUGGUACACGGGUCCCAUCGCUUUAAUGAUUGGUGGCGAAUAUGGUGGUGAUAUUGGGGAUUGGCUCGCCGUUGGCUUUACGGCUAUUGUCUUCCCGCCGUUAAGAUAUCUAGAGUUGAAGAAGUUUGGAAGGUAG